AUGGAUGCCCUAGGAGACUCCUGUUUACAAGCUCGUCAACGCUUUCAAGGUCUGGAACGAAAAUUCGCCCGUAACCCUGAUCUAAAGGCAGAAUACAGUAAGUUUGUUAAGGAAUAUCUGGACCUCAACCACAUGUCGCUGGUUUCCAACGAGGUUGUACAACAAUGCAAGUACUUCCUGCCACAUCAUUGCGUUAUCAAGUGUGACAGUAGUACAACAAAAUUGAGGGUGGUUUUUGAUGGAUCUGCAACCACUACCUCAAGUUUUUCGUUAAAUGACCUACUCAUGGCAGGCCCAACUAUUCAACCGAAGCUUUUUCAUAUUCUCAUUAGAUUUCGUACUUUUCCUAUAGCACUUACUGCAGACAUCUGUAAGAUGUAUAGGUGUGUUCGCGUCACUCCACCGGACAACAUGCUCCAAUGUAUUUUGUGGCGAGAAUCUCCACAAGAAGACUUUCGCAUCUAUAAGCUCGACACGGUGACGUAUGGAACUAAGCCUGCAGCGUUUCUAGCCAUCCGAGCCAUGCACCAACUCGCAGCAGACGAAUCCGUGACUUAUCCCAUUGGAGCAGAAGCGGUAUUUCGGGACUUCUAUGUAGAUGACCUGAUAACUGGGGCCGAUUCAAUGGCAGAAGUACUCAACAUUAAACUGCAAACAACUAGCCUUCUUACCCGAGGAAGCUUCAAGUUACGCAAAUGGUGCUCUAAUAGUCCUGAGAUCCUUCGUGAUAUUCCUGACGUAGACAAGGAAAAGUUUCUUAAGCUUGACGAUGGCAGUGACAUCACCAAAGCACUGGGGCUUGUCUGGGACCCGCACAAGGACAAAUUGCUAUUUUCAUUUGGACCACAAAGAGAAUUCGGAAAAAACUCCAAACGCUCUGCUUUGUCUACACUAGCUCGAUGUUACGAUCCCCUUGGACUAAUGGGGCCACGCUGA